AGAAUUAAGAAAUACGAGUAAGUGUUUAUCUAUGGACUUUCAAUAUGAUUUGUAUAUUUUGGUGAUGCAUGUCUGACCAGGUGGUUUUUCAUUUUAGAGUAAAAAAGAAAAAAGUCCUUACAAGAAAGAUUAAUGAGUUUUGGUGCAAAAGUAGCUUUUUGAAAGAAAGGGGCUCUUUAAAUCUGAAAUGUAAUAGUAUUAUAAUGUCAUUUCCUUAGGAUACACAUUUUCUUCUGUCAGUGCCCUUAUAUUGGCCAGUAUUAUCUGAGCACGUCUACCCCAAUUUCUCUUAGACUUUGUCUCCUACUAUUUGUUUCCACUCACUGGCACCCGUCUCACUGCCCUCUUUGCUGCACUUUACCUUAGAAGCUUUGUACUAGCUUCCCUUUACCUGUAGUCUUCUUCCCUGAUAAACCUGCAGGGCUGACUUCCUUACCUCCUUAAGCAUUGACUCACACCUCACCUUUGCAAUGCAACUACCUAUUUAAAAUUACUAUACCUCUUCAUCUCCCUUCUUUUUAUUUCCCGCAAAACACUUGUCACCUUCUAACUUACUUCUUAGGGUCUUCCCAAAUACAUGAUAGGAAUUUCUGGCAUUUACUUCCUGACAAGUGAACCAAUGGUAGUGUAUAGACUAUUUGGUUCUAAGGCAGAAGUUGACUUCUGUUUGUUGAACAGGAACAUCCUCCACCAAAAGUACAUUUGCCCCUGUAAUUAUCCAAUUUUCAGUUUCUUUGCCACACUUUCCAAAGAAAGCACAUUGACAAAGAGGAAAACGUAUAUGUUGAGGAAAUACUACUACUCUAUUUUGAAUUUAAAAGGAUUCUUCCUUCCAGAAAGCUAAUUUUGUAUUAAAGCAUAUAAACUCAUUAAUCUUGUCUUUAUCUCUGUUUGAUCUGAAUAACCCAGUUUAUUAAAUGGUGAAGACCAGGUCAGGACAGAAAAGGUGAGAUGGCUUACACAGAAUCAUACAUGUCGUUGGUAGAGCUGCUAAGAAAAACAUCCAGAUGUUCUCUUUGUUCAAUACAUCAUUCUAUAUGGAGCUCUGUUGGAGGUUAUCUCUCAUCAUUGUAAAUCAUCACAUCAUCUCAGGUCAUAUCCAAUGGCAAAGGAAAUGAAGAGAUAAAUUUAAAACUUAACCAGGCUUUUUAUAACUCUUUUUGCUUUUCAAUCUGAAGAUGAAAAAUAUUAUUUUUAGAGAUGAGAAAGUGAAUGAGGCAGUUUCAGGCCUUUAUCUACUGAAACAAUAUUGUAUCUCUCUUGUCUCAUCAGUCUUAAGGAGCAUAUUUUAAAAUGGCUGCAAUUAAAUAUUGUAACUAUGAAAAGAACAUUAAUUUUACAGCAGGUGAAAAUAAUGCAAUAGUAUGUAGCAUGAGUGGGGGUGGAGAAUACAGCUGUCUAAUUUUGGUCUACUGGAACUAGUAUAGAUUUUCCGUCAAACAGAGCAGAAAUGUAGCUCUUAGAGCAUAGUAGCAGCUUUCCUUUCUUCUUACAGAUUUAAAGUUAAAGGCACAAGUUUAAUAUGCAGUCCUUCCUGUGACUAACAGGUUGCUCAUUCUGCUUUUGCUAAUGCUGCUACCUUGCUUCUAAGUGGACAUUGGUACUUGGUGUAUUUAUUUUUCUGUAUCCUUUGAAGUAGUUAUGAAUCUUCUGAGAACUAAAGAACUGGGAUACUCCAAAGGCCUAUUUAUACUAGCAGAUGAGUUGUAUUAUUGUGGGGAUUGAGAGAGUGACAAAGCGUGAACUUCUUUUCAUUGGUUGAUUUAGCUUACCUUAUUUCCUUUAUUUCCCCUCUUUAGUGGAAAUUGUUCGGAUUUCAAGAAUGAUUUAAUAUCUUCUUUCUGGACCCAGUAAUACAUUCUAUAAGCCACAUCAGUGUUGUAUUUUUUUCCCAUGAUACAGAAAGAGAAUCUAAAAAGAUAAACAUAACAAUAUAAUAUUUAUUAGAUUUUGAAAUGUGGUCACUCAUUUUAGUCAAUAUAAUAUCAAAUAGUUAAAAGCAUUGAAACAUAUUCAUUUAAUGAGUUUAUAUGCCUGAAAACUAAAAUUGGCUGUUUGGAAGAAAGUGAGGAAAUGAAUUUCGGUUUUUUUCCUUAGCCAGAACAUUGCAAAUUAAGGAAAUGGUUUACUAGAUAAUUUUAUUCUGGCUAAUGAAACUUAUUUUUCUUCCAAUUUGGUUUCUCUGUCAAUUAUUCAGAAAUUAAAACAUGCUAUAUUAUAAUAUUAAAUCUCCAGUAUCUUCUAAUUUGAUAUGAGGUUACCUUUAUAGGUAAUUAUCAGAGGAAAGAUGAGAUUUUUUUCUGUCUUCACCAGACCCAUUCUCUGCCUGCCUUGGCCCUAGCCACAUCACCUAACUUGUAUAAUUACUCUCUAAAGUCAUAUUCCAGAAGUCUGAAAGUCUUGUUGUUCAAUAUGCUCAUACAAGCUGAGUUACUUAAAUUCAGUGCUUUGUGCCAUUUCCAGGAAUCUGAGCUAAUUAUGCUGCCAUUUUUCAGAGAUGUGCAUUAGAAGUCAUGUGUCCUAAUUCUGAAAACGGCUUUGUACAUUUAGGUUCAUUUAACUAGAGAGAAGUUAAGGGACUUACAGUUAUUGGUCAUAAUUUUAAAAUAUAGUAGUAGUGUGGAACUCUCAUAUACUGCAAGCAUAUAAGAUGCUAUGUUGUCAGCCUCUCAGUCUCUAGGAAUGUUCCAAUUUGGCUUAUGCCUUACCAGUCAAGAUAUCACAGAGAAGGUAUGUUUAGUCAUGGAAAAGAAAAUCAGCGUCCAGCAUGCAAAGAUAGUAAAAGAGUAAGCACUUCCAAUUGGAUUUUCAUAGGAGGAAUUGAUUUGUGUGUAUUACUGGGUCUGUGUAAAAUGGUGUCCUUUUGGCACUAGCUGAAUAUACAUUUCAGUAAAUGUUUUUUCUUGCUGCAGAUUAGUGUAAUACAGUGAAAUUUUCUGUAACUGAGGGAAGGCAGUGGUUGGGCGUCUGUUAAUAGCCUGAAAGUAACUAAUGAGGAUGUGCAGUCAGAACGAUUGAUUGAAUAGCUGCAGUCCUGUGUGUUUCUUUCUUGCUUGCUCUCUCUGCAAGCUGUAGAGAGGGAGGGGGAAGAGCAAGACACAGAGAGGGAGCGAGAGAAAAAACGCUCUCUCUUAAGUGGAAGUAGCACGGAUCCCAGGGGCCAGGAGGCCAGAAAUGGAAGUUUAAACUGCAUCUAUCUUUUAAAGGGAGAACAGCAGGAAUCAAAAUGUCAGUCUCCGGAGUUACGAUUUACUCCUUAUUUUCUAAGAUCUGGAAGAUAACACAGAAUACUUUUUUUAGGAUGUGGCUUUUUUUUCCUUGUCCAUGUUGAGAUUAUCUAAUGUUAUCUGAGAAGCUGGAUUCCUUUAUGUCUGUCAGUUGAAGUGGCGAUGGGAAGCAGUUGUGAUAAAGAGGUACCAGCAGAAAGGUCCCCUCGUAGACGGAGUAUCUCAGGGACCAGUACGUCAGAGAAACCCAACUCCAUGGACACUGCAAAUACCUCACCCUUCAAAGUACCAGGAUUCUUCAGCAAGCGCCUGAAAGGCUCCAUCAAAAGGACCAAAAGCCAGUCAAAGCUUGACAGAAACACGAGCUUUCGGCUCCCAUCCCUUCGCAAUACAGAUGACAGGUCUCGUGGGCUGCCUAAACUAAAAGAGUCACGUUCCCAUGAAUCCUUGCUAAGCCCAUGCAGUGCAGUGGAAUGUCUGGAUCUUGGCAGAGGGGAACCUGUGUCAGUGAAACCACUCCAUAGUAGCAUCCUUGGACAAGACUUCUGCUUUGAGGUUACCUACUUAAGUGGAAGUAAAUGCUUCAGCUGUAACUCUGCUUCUGAGAGAGAUAAGUGGAUGGAAAACCUUCGCAGAACAGUUCAACCUAAUAAGGACAAUUGCAGGCGAGCUGAAAAUGUUCUUCGUUUAUGGAUCAUUGAAGCCAAGGACCUUGCCCCUAAAAAGAAAUAUUUCUGCGAACUGUGCCUUGAUGAUACCCUCUUUGCUCGUACAACCAGCAAGACCAAAGCAGACAAUAUUUUCUGGGGUGAACAUUUUGAAUUCUUCAGCCUUCCACCUCUUCAUAGCAUCACAGUUCACAUUUACAAGGAUGUGGAAAAAAAGAAAAAGAAGGACAAGAAUAAUUACGUAGGGCUAGUCAACAUCCCCACUGCCAGUGUGACUGGUCGCCAAUUUGUAGAAAAGUGGUAUCCAGUGAGUACACCUACACCCAACAAAGGAAAGACAGGAGGACCUUCUAUUCGGAUUAAAUCACGUUUCCAAACUAUCACCAUUCUGCCUAUGGAACAAUACAAAGAAUUUGCAGAAUUUGUCACCAGCAACUACACCAUGCUGUGUUCUGUCCUUGAGCCAGUAAUUAGCGUGAGAAAUAAAGAGGAGUUGGCUUGUGCCUUAGUGCACAUUCUUCAAAGUACUGGCAGAGCCAAGGAUUUUCUGACUGACUUGGUGAUGUCUGAGGUGGAUCGUUGUGGAGAGCAUGAUGUCUUGAUCUUCAGAGAGAACACUAUUGCCACCAAAUCCAUUGAGGAAUACCUCAAGUUAGUGGGACAACAGUAUCUUCAUGACGCACUGGGGGAAUUUAUCAAAGCUUUGUAUGAGUCAGAUGAGAACUGUGAAGUGGAUCCCAGCAAAUGUUCAUCUAGUGAACUGAUAGACCAUCAGAGCAACCUGAAAAUGUGCUGUGAGCUGGCUUUCUGUAAGAUCAUCAACUCUUACUGUGUUUUCCCUCGUGAGUUGAAAGAAGUGUUUGCAUCAUGGAAGCAGCAGUGCCUGAACCAUGGCAAGCAAGACAUCAGCGAGAGGCUCAUUAGUGCCUCUUUAUUUCUCCGUUUUCUGUGUCCAGCCAUUAUGUCUCCAAGUCUUUUCAACCUUAUGCAGGAGUAUCCUGAUGACCGCACAUCUCGGACUCUUACUCUUAUUGCCAAGGUCAUUCAGAACCUGGCCAACUUUGCCAAGUUUGGUAACAAAGAGGAAUACAUGGCAUUCAUGAAUGAUUUUUUAGAACAUGAAUGGGGUGGAAUGAAGCGCUUUCUUUUGGAGAUCUCUAAUCCAGACACCAUCUCAAACACCCCAGGCUUUGAUGGUUACAUUGAUCUGGGCCGAGAGCUUUCAGUUUUGCAUUCCUUACUGUGGGAAGUAGUUUCCCAACUUGAUAAGGGUGAAAAUUCCUUCCUACAGGCGACCGUGGCAAAACUGGGGCCUCUCCCUCGUGUUCUUGCUGAUAUUACCAAGUCAUUGACUAAUCCAACACCAAUACAACAGCAACUGAGACGCUUCACUGAGCAUAACUCCAGUCCCAAUGUCAGUGGAAGCCUCUCCUCUGGGCUGCAGAAAAUAUUUGAAGAUCCCACUGACAGUGAUUUGCAUAAACUAAAAUCUCCAAGCCAAGACAACACAGACAGCUACUUCAGAGGGAAAACGUUAUUGCUGGUUCAGCAAGCCUCCUCUCAGAGCAUGACUUAUUCUGAAAAGGAUGAAAAGGAAAGUAGCCUUCCUAAUGGUCGGAGCAUUUCCCUCAUGGACCUCCAGGACACUCAUGCUGCUCAAGUGGAGCAUGCAUCUGUCAUGCUUGAUGUGCCUAUACGCUUGACCGGAAGCCAGCUUUCCAUAACCCAGGUGGCCAGCAUCAAACAGCUGCGGGAAACCCAGAGCACUCCCCAAAGUGCACCCCAAGUGAGAAGGCCGCUGCACCCAGCCUUGAACCAGCCAGGUGGCCUUCAGCCCUUGUCCUUCCAGAACCCUGUCUAUCACCUCAAUAACCCAAUUCCAGCAAUGCCAAAGGCCUCUAUAGAUUCCAGUUUGGAGAACCUAAGCACUGCCAGUUCCAGAAGCCAAAGUAACAGUGAAGACUUCAAGCUCAGUGGACCCAGCAAUAGCAGCAUGGAAGAUUUCACUAAACGUAGCACUCAGAGUGAGGACUUCUCCAGGCGGCACACUGUGCCAGAUAGACACAUACCUCUUGCAUUGCCACGACAGAAUAGUACUGGACAGGCCCAGAUCCGAAAAGUGGACCAGGCUGGUUUAGGUGCCCGAGCCAAAGCCCCACCAUCCUUGCCACACAGUGCUUCCUUGCGUAGCACCGGGAGCAUGUCAGUGGCAUCCGCGGCCCUGGUGGCCGAACCCGUGCAGAAUGGGAGCCGGUCCCGGCAGCAAUCCUCUUCAUCCAGAGAAAGCCCUGUUCCCAAAGUGAGAGCAAUCCAGAGACAACAGACACAGCAGGUUCAGUCACCUGUGGACUCUGCCACAAUGUCCCCAGUAGAGAGAACAGCAGCCUGGGUUCUGAACAAUGGGCAGUAUGAAGAGGAUGUGGAAGAAACUGAGCAAAAUCAAGAUGAAGCCAAGCAUGCUGAGAAGUAUGAACAAGAAAUUACUAAACUGAAGGAGCGCCUGAGAGUGUCCAGCCGGCGACUGGAGGAAUAUGAACGCCGCUUGCUGGUGCAGGAGCAGCAGAUGCAGAAGCUGCUGCUGGAAUACAAGGCCCGACUGGAGGACAGUGAGGAGCGGCUCCGAAGACAGCAGGAAGAGAAAGAUAGCCAGAUGAAAAGCAUCAUCAGCAGGCUAAUGGCUGUGGAAGAGGAACUGAAGAAGGAUCAUGCUGAGAUGCAAGCAGUUAUUGAUGCAAAGCAGAAAAUAAUCGAUGCACAGGUCAUAAAUGGAGAUGAGAUUAUUCAAACAGGAAAAACGGAUCGUGUCCCUGGAUUCAGCCAACACCAGACUGAUGAGUGCGCUGACCCAAGUGAAGGAGCGGUACAGCAUGCAGGUCCGCAAUGGCAUUUCCCCCACCAACCCCACCAAGCUUUCCAUCACGGAGAAUGGUGAAUUCAAAAACAGCAGCUGCUGACGGGCUUUGUGAAUAGACAGACUGUGGAAGGAGACCGAAGGAAACUGACCCACUCUCCUGUUCCCAGACCUUUACCUAGCCCCUCCAGGUUUACAGAAUGUUGCUACUUCACAAUGGCAAUGUGGUGAGAAACUCUUGAAUGAAGAAAGGAACCUUGUCUUUCAGGGCAUAAGGCGACGACUUCCAAGGUCAAUGCUUUUCCCCCACAUCUCUAUGUACAUAGGGAACUUAGUUCUGGGCCAUGUACAGAAAAUACCACUGUAAUAUACCAAAAGGAAGUUAAUAAUGUAGAUUACCUUUUUGAUUAUUACUAUUUUUAUUAUUGUUUUCCUCUUGUUGAAAGCACUGCAGUUGUUAGAGGAAGUAAAGUAGGAACUGUUGUAUGAGUGAGACAUGAGCCCGUGGGUUCAGUAGGUAGAGACCAAGCAUCUAUCUGAUAGAAGCACAUGGUGUGCAAUAGGACAUUGUCAGAAUGAAUUUUUCAGGGAUUCAUCUACUAGUUUAAAAACCCCACUCUGGCCCCCUUGUCCUUUCAGAAAACAUGCAAAUACCAAGAUCCAUACAAAACAAUAAUUUAUUCCACUGAUCAACCAAGACUGGUUCUGUUUGGACAGCUAAUCUGAUUUGGGAUUCACUGUUUCAGAGGACACUGAAAAAAGCUGUUGCUUCAAAACUGGACUUUAGGAGUAAUUUUGAUUGAACUCCUGUCAAUAUGUUUAUUUCCUCUGUCUACAGCAGAUGGGAAUCUUCUCUUUUAGAUAGGGGCUUUUUUUUUUAACCCCAAUUGUAAUAAAGGGUGUUCUUUUUCCUCUUUAGAGUUUACAAAACUAUAAAUAUUCAUGUCUCCACGUACCAUCUUCAUCUUCACAUGUUCACUGCACUUUCCUCCCCAUGGUGGGAGCUGUCAUCACCAACAGGGUUUACUCUCCCCUGGAGAGGUUAUUUAAAUAGCUGUCCAUAAGCCAUCCAGAUCAACACCCUUUCUUCCAUACAGAAAAGGGCUAACCAUACCAUAGCUGGAAUCUCUGAAUAUUUCCUAUUAAAAAUUUUUUUCUAUUUGUUAAGUUACAGUUUUUGUUUGGGAUAAAGAUUUUAUCCAUUCAACUAGCAAAUUUAUAGACAGGGUAAUUUUAUCUCCCUCUUUAACUUUUAAAGUGCUUCUUCCCCUCAUCCCCUCAGUAAAGAAAGGAAAUCCAAAUCUGAAGCAUCACUCUCUUAAAAGUGAUGAUUACUCAUGUUUAAAAAAGAAAAAAAAAAUUGAAAGUGUCAGGAUGGCACAUUCCAGUUGUUAUUCCCAUGCUCUUGGUAGAUCUGUCAGUAAUGACCCAAUUUCAACUUUUGUCAUCCAUAGUUUUAUGAUUACAGAACAGAAAAAGUCAUGGAGACUAAUUCAUUUCCUUUUUUCCAGAGGUAUGAACUGUCAUCUUGAAUGCAGCCUUGAUUAACAGAAGUAUGGAAUGUUACAUGUUAAACAGACAUUAUAUAUACAAAUAUAUAUAUAUAUAUACAUAUAUAUCCACACAUAUGUACAUAUAACUGCACAAAUAGGAAAAGUUCAUGCCUUCUAUACUGUUCAGAUAUAAUGUUAAAAGGGUCUUGAACCUCUUUAAGCAAGAUCUUAGCAGUCGUUUUACGUUGAGAAAGCAACAAUGUUUCUCAAAUAAGUUUAUGUCUAUUUUAAAUUAUAAGCUUUAAAGAAUUUUUAUUCUAGAAAAAGGGGAUGGAAAAAAAAACCUGAGGGAGCCAUAUGCAUCAAGUGAGUGUUUCUCCAUAAGAGAAGAAGGGAACAUGUAUAGUGCCAUCUUUUGAGUGAUACCCAGACAGACACCAAGCCCUCCUUUUCACAGAGUCCCAGGCUUACAUUUCAACUUCUUGAGCUCUGCCCUUUCUCAGGUGGAUCUUUGUGAUGAACCUUACAUUUUAGCAACCUCACCAUGGCCACAUAACCCAUAACCUUUUAAAACAGCCUAUUUCAUAGCAGUCCCUGUUUCUGCCAGACAGAGAUCUAAAAUGGGAGCUUCUCAUUGUGUUUAUGUGAUGUGCAUACUUUAUAUCCAGCUGUUUUGACACUUGCAUUUUCUUCACCUUUGGUAUUUGUUUUGCAAAUUCUCACACCUUCUCUCCAAGCUGAAGGCACGCUGUGGUCAAAAUCACUUAUUUUAUUAGGAAAAAGAGGUAACUGUCCUGAAGUGCCCUUUGUUGGAGGAGGAAGAAUGUAAGCAUAGAUGUGUUCUUGUUUCGGCUAUUCUCAGCUCAAGCCAUGUUUAAUUGAUUCUUUGUAAAAGCCUUCAGUUGUGCCACAGAAAACCUUGUAAGAGAACUGUCAGUUUCAUUGACCUUAAGUAUGUAAUGUGGGUGAUGUCUUGCCAUUGAGUUUGGGAAGCUCUUAAGUGCUGAUUAUGGAUUACAGAGGGCUGAUAAAAUUACCUAUAUUGGGAAUCGAAAGAAGCCCAAAAAAAUCAAAUGUGCUUUUGAUGGAUAGAAUGUAUCAUAUUAGCAUCAUGGGAGCUGCUUAGAGGGCUCUUCAUUGGAAGAUUUAAUGCCCAAAACAUUUGGACAGAUUAUGCAGCCCUCUACUACCAGAUUAUCUUGAAUGAAGAAGAAAUAGUAAAAAUAGUAAUAAUAACAGUAAGAAUGUUACAAGUAAGCUGAAAGUUCAGAGUUGUUGACAGACGUUAAAUGUUAGAUUAUCCUGUGAGCCUACUCCUGUCCAAACAUUUUUCUCAGUAUUUCUUUAGAGAACGCUGCAAUCUGUAGAACCUACUCUGAAGGAUUUUUUAAGAAGAGAAGCCAGCAACAGGUGACAAUUUUUAUGGAGAUGUUUCUUUAUUGGCUUUUCCUCAGUUCAAACAGGUAUAUAACUUUGCUUUGCUGAGAGGAGGAGGUACAUGGCUGAAGAGAGGCAGAUAGAUUAAGAAAGCAAUGUCUUGCACUUCCUGUUUCCCUCAAUACAGCACCACAUUGUGGGGUGCAGGAUACAUCAGGGUUGAGUGGAAUUUGGAAUUCAGGUGGUGCUUGUAAAGUGCUUGUCUAGCUGAUAACAGACUUGAACAUUAAUGAGGACAGUGUUGGUAGGAGUUAAAAAAUAUUCCUAUUACCUUUUAUAUUACUGGAGCAAUAAGCAAUCUGAGCUGAAGCAGCAGAAAGAGUCACAUUUCCUUCAGGUCAUCAUAUUCCCUGGAUCUCUGAAUAAAAGCUAUGUCAGAGGAGAGAUUAUAACUAUGUAACUCUAAGAAGCACUUGAGCACUUGCUAUGUUCCAAGCACUAUCACCAAGGUACUGUUUGGGUUUCUGGCAGUCUAACAGUAAGAAAAAAGUGAGGUAAUCAUGUUGCUAUAGCUUUUUCCUUUUUUUCAUAUGGUAUCAAGUUGGUCAGAAUUAGAUUUCUCUGACUGUUCUGCUUCUGUGUUUCCCUGUGAUGGUGUUAAGACUAUGAAAGAAAAAGAAAGAUUACCUAAGACUGCUGUGAGCAUUAACCUAUGCCCCUAAGAAUGAGCUUGACUUUGGAAGUAAAGCUUUUCAAAUCUUAGUCUACCCAGGGCCUUCGUUUAUGGGUCUGUGGCUCUAUAGACCCCUGGCUUUCACUGUGUUCUCAGAGGUAUACCAGAUUGGGAGCAGAGUUCUCCUUGGGAAGCCCCAGAGCAAAAGAACUGCCAUCAGGUGAGUUUGCAUUAGGAUUUGUUUCCCCUUCCUCGAGGGCUGGUUUAGUUAUCUCUAGCCUGGAGUUCCUGAGAAGGCUGGUUACGGGACUGAGCUUGGGAAAGGAACCCUCUUCAGGAUUACGUCAGUCCCGUAGUCUACUCCAUUGUGACCUUGAGCCCCAUGCAAGCUUGACACCAGACUCGACUUGUCACUGGGCCAAACCCAACAGCCACAUGUCACAGCUUCACUGCAUUUUCAGCUACACCUUUGGAUUCCAUCUUCUCCUGUCAACUGUGGAAAGCCUAAAGGGCUCUCUUCUCCAUUCCCCCCUUUUUCAAGUCUAAUAGUGAAAUCUCCUGCUUACCCCAGCAGUAAAUAGUUGCCUUCCUACCCCUUACCUGGGGGCCAGUAAUUUGGGAUACUUUGUUUUUUCAAUAUGCCAGUCGAAGGACUUAGUUUCUUAAAAGCAAGAAAGGAGUGUUGAAUUUUUAAAUAGAAUCUCUUUUCAUGUUUGAAUGAUUGUGUGUAGUUCUAGAGGCAUUCUUGUUGUCAUGACCCAAUUAUGUAUACUCUUGGGUUUAGGAAGGACAAAAGUGAUGAAAUUUGCAUGAGAUAGAAUAAGUAUCUUAGGAGGAGUGAAAGAACCUUAGGAAGAGACUUGACCAUAAGGAAACAAAUGCAUCAGCAGUCUCCUCAGUAGCCCAGAGUUUCAAGGAAACGGGAAGAUUUCUGUCCUUUGCACACUCUGAAAAUACGUAGAUACAUAGAAAGGCAGACUCUGUAGACAACACAUGCACACACCCACACAAAACACAACUCCUGGGGCUUCCUUUUUCUGAAUGUUAAUCCAUUUUAUGGACUAGUGAUUCCCAAAUUUUGAGAUUUUCAGAUUUUAUGCUCUUGUUAGCUUUUAUGACAGUCAUUCUAGAUUCAUCCUUAAAAAUGUACUAUAUGUGUUAUAUGUAUAUAUACGUUAAAGUGACUUGAAAUUGAUUUGGUUUGGCAUUAUCUCAAGAACCCUAGAUAUCAUUAUUGAUACCAUGGGGAAUCAUAGAAAUAAAGUUGAGUAUCACUGAUCUGAGAGUAGGAUCCAAAAAUAAGUAGUUUCAGUUCCUGAUCAGUUAAGCCUCAGGUGUUUGAGUACCCAACACAGCAAGACUUGGGGAAUGCAGUGAGCCACCCAAGGAACGGAAAAUGGUAGUUUUUGCCCGUAUUCAGCAUACAUUUUAAUUUCCUACUCAGUUGUUAUUUUUCAUUUAAAUACCCUCAUUUAACCCUAGGAAGGUUGGGUUUUUUUGUUUCUUGUUUUGUUUUGUUUUAGUUUGGGACUUAAAACCAGAUUUAUUUGUUGUUAUAGAGAGAUUUCCACAGAAGUUGUGUUUUAGGGACCUCCAUCAUCUAUGUGGGGGUACAGAUAUUUAUGUAUAAAUACAUCUUACAUGAUUUCCAAACUUUCCAGGGAAACAUUUCAAUUCCCAGUUCAACAAAAGGUUAAAUACUAAUUGACUCAAUGACCACCUUCAGAAAAGCUAAAUAGUAAAUUAGGUUAAAUUUUGACUGGUGCUUAGACCUUUCCUAGUUAUAUUAACUUAAGCAGACAGCAGCACAUUAACCUGAGUUACACCUGUGAGGAAUUUACCUUCUAAAUUUGAUUUUGUUUUUCAUCUCCAGGGCCUUAAUAAGAGUGUGUUAACACACUACUAUUUUACAAGGAUAGCUCUAAAUAAUUUAUUUUUUAUUUCAAGAGAGAGAAAUACACCUUAGAAAAACAAAACCCAAGAUUUUAUUUUAUUUUUAAAGCCAUAUUUUUGUGCUAGUAGCAUUUAGAUUGUUCCAUAUGUGAGAUCCAUAUCUGCAUUUCAUUACCUGGGUUUGUUCUAAAGAAGAUUUAUUUUUGUUCUGUGAAUAAUUUUUGAUGGUUCUUGUACAUGUACAGAUAUAGAUACGUUUGAGGUCUUUUAUUGCUAUUCCUACAAAGACUACAAAUAAACUUUAACUUUAAACA